UCACCAAAAUGCCUUUUUCCAUUCCUCCCACCUUCCUUCACAGAUGAAGAAGAAGGUGAUCUCCCACCUCUAUCGCUGCGCCCUCUCCCGCUUCUGCUGCCGCUCCCACUUCUCCGCCCAAUCCUACCGCCACUUCGUCUAGGGCCCCCAGCUCCUCUCCCGCGCCUGCUCCUUCUCCCUUUCCUCCGCCUCCGCCUCCGCCCCCGCCCUCGCCCACUCCGCCAUCGCAGAGGCCGACCUUGCCGCUGCCCUCGACGCUCGCGAUGCCGCGCCCCACAUCUUGAAGGCCCUCGCCCCAGCCCGUGGUUGAGAAUGUUCCAGAAUGCUCGUGAAUGGUGCUCGUAGAUCAGUAUUACUCUGUAGAUUCUCCCCAUGCUCUGAUCCCUCGACGCCGCCCUCUCCCACCUGCCACCAAAUCCCUUCCCCCCAGCGAGCGUGGCAACGCCUUCUUCAAGUGCGCCAGGCUGGAGAAAAUUUAGGAACAAUUAUCUCUAAGGCCUUCCCAUCCUCGGCGAGUGCUACGAGCACAAGGGAUCCAUCGAGGCUGCACGGAGCACUUUCGACCCUGCCAUUUGGAUCGACGCCUGUUUGGAAUUGGCUUGGCAGGACCUGCAGAGGCUAUUCGGAUCCAGAGGCAGACUCCCACAUAAGAUUAUGAUAUAAUGGACAAAAGUUGGAUAAGUAAGCCGAGAAAUGAUAAUGCGUACAUUGAUGGUGUUAGAAAUUUUAUUAAAUUUGCUAUGGAAAAAUCAUCGAUAAAUGGCAAGAUCUUAUGCCCAUGUCGAAAGUGUUACAACAAUUCUUCUUUUGUUCCAGAAGUUGUCGAAGAACAUUUAGUGUGGAACGGUUUUUUAUUAGGUUACAAUGUUUGGGUAUUUCAUGGAGAGUCAUUUGUGACAUCUCCAAGUGAAAUCGAAUGCCCUUCAUUUGCUCCAGGGUCUACUAAUGCACAAGAAAGUAGUUCAAGACAAGAUGGUCUAGGAGGAUUGCUACAAGAUGUCUUUGGAAUUAUGGGUACUAAUUUGAAUACUGAACAAGUAAUGAAUGAGACUAUUCCUAAUAAUUUAGAAGAAUGUAAUGACGAGGCGUCUGCUAGCGGAUUUCUUGGUGAGCAAAAUUUAAAUGAGCGGUCAAUGCAUUCAUCACCUAGUGAAACAAUUCGAUACAAAAACUUGGUGAAAGAUUGUGAUCAAGAAUUAUAUCCAGGUUGUAAAAAUUAUUCCAAGAUAUCAUUCAUUCUCCGCUUAUUCCACCUCAAAUGCUUAAAUGGGUGGUCUGGAAAAUCCUUUACAAUGUUGCUUCAAUUAUUAAAGGAUUCAUUUCCUAAAGGCACCUCUUUGCCGUCAUCUUAUUAUGAAGCUAAAAAGCUAAUAAAAGAAUUGGGUCUUGGAUAUGAGAAGCUUCAUAUUUGCCCUAAUGAUUGUAUGUUAUAUUGGGGUGAGACGAUGAAUCAAGAGUAUUGUAAUGUGUGUGGAUCUUCACGGUGGACAAUGAACAAAGAUGAUGAUGGUGGUUCUGAUGAUUUGAGAAGAAAAAAAAAGCCGGCCAAAAUAUUACGCUAUUUUCCUUUGAUACCAAGAUUAAAAAGAAUUUAUAUGUCAUCUAAAAUUGCUUCAUUAAUGAGAUGGCAUGAUGAAGGUCGCAUUAAAGAUGGAAUCUUGAGACACCCAGCAGAUGGCCUCGCGUGGAAAUCAUUUGAUGAUCAUUAUCUUGAUUUUUCUUCCGAUCCUCGUAGUGUUAGACUUGGUCUUGCUAGCGAUGGAUUCAAUCCUUUCCGAACAAUGAGUACCACUUAUAGCACUUGGCCGGUGAUAUUGAUUCCUUAUAAUUUACCUCCGUGGUUAUGUAUGAAACAAUCAUCAUUCAUCCUAUCAAUGGUCAUCCCCGGUGAAAAAGGUCCAGGUAAUGAUAUUGAUAUUUAUUUGCAACCUUUAAUAGCGGAGUUAAAACAAUUAUGGAAUGGUGUUGAUGCUUUUGAUGCUUCUACUAAGCAAAACUUUAUCAUGAAAGCAGCUCUUAUGUGGACUAUUAAUGAUUUUCCUGCCUAUGCUAAUUUAUCCGGUUGGAGCACAAAGGGGCGUGUUGCUUGCCCUUGUUGUGGGGUUUCAACCGAUUCACGUUGGUUGAAGCAUAGUAAGAAGUUUUGUUAUAUGGGUCAUCGUCGAUGGUUAGAACCAAAUCAUUCGUUUCGAUAUCAACAAAAUCAAUUUGAUGGUACUAUAGAGUUGCGUUCCGCUCCAAUAUCACCAUUUGGAAUUGAUGUCCUAAGGCAACUAGAGGGCACAAGUUAUAAAUAUGGCAAAGGCUCAAAAUCUUCUAAGAAAAGGAUGAGAGAGGAAGUUGCUAGUUCUGCAAAUCAAGUAGUGGAUGAAGUUGGCACUACAAAUCAAGUAAGAGUGUUUGAAGAUGCCGAUGAGUUCAUUGGGGAUGGCCAUGACACUACAAGAAAAGAUAUUAUUGGUGGCAAAAAUAAUGUGGCGAUAAAUUUUAUCACCACUAUAUAGUUACUUUUUGUGGCGAUAAAAAAAAAUUACCACCGAUUAAUUAACUAAAAGUGGCAAUACUACUUUCGCCACUAAAUGAUUAUUUUAUCGCCACUAUUUGGUUAUCUACGGUGGCAAUAAAAAGAGUGGCCAUCGAUUAAUUAACUUAAAGUGGUGAUACUACUUUCGCCACUAAAUAAUUAAUUUAUCGCCACUAAAUCGUUAUUUAUGAUGGCGAUAAAACAUAUUGCCACUAAUUAAUUAACUUAAAAUGGUAAUAAUACUUUCGCCACCAAAUGAUUAUUUUUAUCGCCAUUAUUUGGUUAUCUAU